AUGGCGGCGUCGGGGAUGGUGAUGGGGGAGGAGGCGGCGGUGGGCAUCCCGGGGCGGGAGGGGGAGGAGGAGGGGGAGGCCGCGGCCUCGGGCUCGGGGCGGGUGGAGCUGGGGUUUGUGGAGGCGGCCGCGGGCCCGGGGUGGUUGGGCAGCUCGCAGUUCCCCAGUAAGGUGGGCGGGCGGCCGGCCUGGCUGAGCCUGGGGCCGCUGCCGGGCCCCGAGCGGCUCCGGUGUGGCGGCUGCGGGGAGCCGCUGCUCUUCCUGCUGCAGGUGUACUCCCCGCGGCCCCUCCCCCGCGCCUUCCACCGCGCGCUGCUGCUCUUCUGCUGCCGCCGCCGCACCGCCUGCGGCCGCCGCUCCUUCCUCGCCCUCCGCAGCCAACUGCCGCGGCACAACCCCUUCUACCCGCCCCGCCCGCCCCCGCCCCCCGGGGCCCGGCCGCCGCCGCCGCCCGGGGCCGAGGCCCGACUCAAGCUGUGCCGCGUGUGCGGCGCCGCCGCCCCCAAGAGCUGCUCCCGCUGCCGCCGGGCUCACUACUGCGGCAGAGAGCACCAGGCGGCCCACUGGAGAGCGGGGCAUCGGGAGGCCUGUCAGCGGCCCCCAGGUGAAGGAGAAGAUGUCGUGCAGUUGCCCAACUUCCUUUUCCCAGAGUUUGAACUAGUGAUGGAACUGGAGGAAGAACAAACUGCAACUCCUGAAGGUGCAGAAGAUCAAAAGUCGGAAGAUCAUAAAAAGCACAUAGAACCAGAUUCUGUGACGUGUUCCAUGGACGAUAAGGAACUGGAGGCUAUGGCAAAGCACGAGACGAAAGAAGAUAAGAUCUUUGAUAUAUUUAAGAAGAAGAUUGCACUAGCGCCUGAUCAGGUGCUCCGCUACUGCAGAGGAGGAAGUCCAUUGUGGGUGUCUGGUGAAAAUAUUCCCAAAGAUACGGAUAUCCCCAACUGCUCAUGUGGUGCUAAACGUAUAUUUGAAUUUCAAAUAAUGCCCCAGUUGCUUUACUACCUGAAAGUUGAUAGUCUUGGUGAGAGCAUCGAUUGGGGGACACUGGCUGUGUACACAUGUGAAGAAAGCUGUGAUCAUGGCAAUGAGUACACCACAGAGUUUCUCUGGAAACAGGAUUUCUCUGCUGAUAACAUUUAAUCCUUUAUCCAUGAGCAGUUUCAUAUUAAAGUGGAAAAUCUGUUCAAGGUCCGUGUGUAUAACAGGCUGACAUUUCAAAAUUUUCGUAAACAUUUUAUCUAAAUUAAACUAUAGCUCAACAAGUAAUGCUGGGUUUAAUUUGAUAUUCUAUUGAUCCCAUACACCUUUCACAGGUGGUGUGGGAGGCUUAAUUUCCACUAGUAAGUACUGUAUUAUUCUGCUGCUGACUUGAAAAUUGGAUCCAGUUACAAGCAUCACCUUACUUUGAACCACUUUACCUACAUAUUGAGAAUGCGUUAACUUAAUUAGAUCAAACUACAGACAAGAGCCCAAUGUAGAAUCAGACUUCUUAUUGUGGACAUGAAAACCGACAUGUACAAUACUGAACACACAUUUUUCAAUCAGGAGAUACAUUAUUGCUAUACAUAUAGUAUAAAGAAUGGAGUUUCUCCCACUAUCCUGGUCUUUCAUUUCAUGGAGGGUUUGUGGGACAAUGCUGUGCACACAUUACCUGCUGCGUUCACCUACAAAAUAGCCAUUAUACUUUACAGUAUAUCCUGUGAAGCGCCUUUGAGAUGUCCUCUCAAUGUGAAAGAAUUAUAUAAAUUAUAAUAGUUCUUGCAUUUGGUGUAGUACCAUUCACAUUGGGAUGAUGUUACAAAGCACUUCACAAGAUAUACUGUAAAGGGGAGUGACCAUUUUGUGGACAAACAUGACAGCCAAUUUGUGCACAGCAGUGUCCCACAAACAGCCAUUGGGAUAAUUGUUGCCCAGGACAAAGGAAAAACUCCUUUUUNCAAUAAUGUCAUGGUCUUUAAUGUCCAGGUGGCAACUUCGACAAUGCACCACACCCCCAGCAAUGUAUGUAGUGUCAGAUUAAACCAGCAGUGAUCAACUUUUUGAUUUGUGGCCACACUAUAAAUAUUGCUUCUCAGUAGCUACUAGAAACAAAAUAUGGAUUUAACACAUACGUACCUAAACUAGUGUGAAUGUUCGGCCAUUUCUUAACACCCCCUUGGGUUGGCCCCACUGGCUUAGACUAUAUGAGUUCCAAGUCCCAUGUGAGGCUUGAAUCCACAACCUGGCUGGGGCGAGCAUGCUACCAACUGAGCCAGGCUCUAGAAUACAGUAUUAGCUUUCUCUACCCGUUUCUCACUGUCUCUCAAACACUUGAGUUUGAAAUACAAACAUAUCCUCAUAUCUGACUUCUCUCUCCCUGUUCUUGUAUCAGAUCUUGGCAUUUCAUGCCACUUGGUAGAAGUUAUAUUCCUGGCAACUUUCCAUGCAACUACAGUUUUCAGACAUUUCUGCAUUAACUUUAUAUCUAUAUCUCGUGCCCAAUGUGGACCUGCAGUUUUCUGGUCUGUGGAUAAAGCAGUUCUCUGCUGCACAAUAGUUGAUAGUUCCUUUAGUAUUUCAAAUUGAUUGGGAAUGCUAAUUUCAUUGUAAAAUACUGGGCAAUAAAUGAAAUAAUUUGUAUUUUUAUACAUAAUCUGCUAUUUUUAUACAUUGUAAUUUGAAGUAUAGUAUAAUUAAAGUUAUUUAUAUCAGA